AAUGCCCCAUAACAAUAACAAGGCUGUUUUGUCUCUUUGGCCAGCGGAGCCAUCCCCGAUCCCCGGCAGAAUAGGUCGGUUCCUUAACGGCAACCAGCUCUCACCACUACAGAUUUCGCCAUUAGGGCGCUCUGGCAAUUACUAUAUGAGAAUUAGAAUCUGAAACACUGAAAUUAAACGAGAUAGAAAGAGGUCGGAGAAGAAGACACCAGAGAUAUGAGUUUCCGCCCUGAAGCCGACGCAGGCCGCGGCCAAGAGCUCGACGACGACGGACGCCGCAAAAGGACUGGCACACUAUGGACUGCAAGCUCUCAUAUUAUAACUGCUGUAAUUGGCUCUGGUGUGCUUUCUCUGGCAUGGGCAAUGGCACAGCUAGGCUGGGUUGCUGGAACCAUCACUCUCGUCAUCUUCUCAAUGAUCACACUCUUCACCUCCAUCCUUCUCAGCGAUUGCUACCGCACCUCCGACCUCAUCGCCGGCAAACGAAACUACACUUACAGUAGCGCCGUGAAAUCCUAUCUCGGCACAUUUCAAAUAUGGAUGUGUGGGGUCUGCCAAUAUGUCAAUCUUUGUGGCACGGCCGUCGGCUACACCAUCACCGCCUCCAUUAGCGCUGCGGCUAUUACCAAGUCUCAUUGUUUCCAUGAGAAAGGUCAUGAAGCUGACUGUGGAGUCUCAUACACAAUUUAUAUGAUGGCCUUUGGGGCAAUCCAAAUUCUGUUUUCCCAAUUCCCUGACCUCCAAAACAUCUGGUGGCUUUCUGUUCUUGCCGCCAUCAUGUCCUUCUCAUAUUCGAUCAUCGGAAUCAUACUUGCCCUCGUACAAAUAGUUUCUGGGAACAAUGGAAAAACCACAAUUACUGGAACAAUUGUUGGUGUUGAUGUUACACAAACACAAAAAGUGUGGAACGUGUUCCAGGCGCUUGGAAACGUCGCAUUUGCAUACUCGUUCUCCAUGGUAUUGAUUGAAAUACAGGACACACUGAAAUCACCGCCGGCGGAAAAUAAAGUCAUGAAGAAAGCCAGCAUUAUCAGUGUGUCGAUAACGACUGUGUUCUACAUGCUCUGUGGCUGCGUCGGUUAUUUGGCCUUCGGCAAUAAGGCUCCGGGGAACAUGCUCACCGGGUUUGGGUUCUACGAGCCUUUCUGGUUGAUAGACAUUGCCAACAUCUGUAUAGUUGUUCAUCUACUUGGUGCAUAUCAGGUCUUCUGCCAACCUCUUUUUGCCGUCGUCGAAGAUACAGUCAUCAAAAAGUGGCCAAACAUGAAGAUGUUGAGCAGUGAGGUGACCCUCGUAAAUGUGAGAUCCUUUUCCGUCUCGGUUAACAUAAUCAGGUUGAUUUGGCGAACUAUAUUUGUUGUGAUAAUCACAAUGUUGGCCAUCAUAAUGCCGUUCUUCAAUGACAUAAUGGGAUUCCUGGGAGCCUUUGCCUUCUGGCCGUUGACCGUAUAUUUCCCCAUCGAAAUGUACAUAAGUCAGAAGAAAAUAAGAUGGGGUAGCGGCAAGGGUAUGAUGCUGCGGAUUUUAAGUUUCUUGUGUCUGCUUAUUUCGGUGGCAGCAGCCAUUGGUUCCAUUCAGGGAGUCGUGGUCUCACUUUGUACAUAUGAGCCAUUUCACACAAUGUCAUGAACAGCCUUAGCCAGGUAUUUUCCGUUCAAUUUAUUGGAAGGACAUAAUGAUUUAGAGAGAUAUUUCAUGGAUGCCACCAUGGUUAUGAUUCUUUGCAACACUUUUCGAUCUUGAAUGAAAUUGAUAGUGGUUC